GGUGGGGCCGGUCAGAGGAGGCGUUGGCCAGUUCUCCCAACCCCUCAACAUUUCCACUACUGGUUCUCGAGAACCGGUCUAAACCGGCUGAACCCGACCUCUGGCUUGAGCCAAGGCUAGUGAGGCGGGGGAGGGGACUCGCCGGUCCCGGGCUUAGCAGGGGUCAGCCUUGACCGAUCGAGAGGCAGCCGCAGGGCUCCGAUCCCUGGGCUCUUCUAACCCCCUGACCCCCCAAUUUGGUCCCCUUGCAGGCCGCCUCUGGUUUACUGUCCGGCGUCCUCCUGAACCGCUUCGUGGCGGCCGGCCUGCUCUCCAUGUUCGUGGAGGUGAGCAACAUUUUCCUGACCCUGCGCAUGAUGAUGCGGCUGGGCAAGCUGCCCCUCCCGGUCUUCUACGAGGUCAACAAGUACCUCAACCUGGCCGCCUACUUCCUCUUCCGCCUGGCCCCGCAGGCCUACCUGACCUGGUUCUUCGUGCGCCACGUGGAGAUGCGCGGCCAGGGGGCCUUCCUGAUGGUCAACCUGGUCCUGCUGGAUGCCAUGAUCCUGAUGUACUUCUCGCGCCUGCUGCGCUCCGACUUCUGUCCGGGCGGCCACCGGCCGGGCUUGGACGAUGAGAAGAAGUACCUGAUCGACUGAAGGAGAGAGGACGGAGAGGACGGGAGCCGAGGUCCUCGGUCCGGCUGUCGUCGCGGCGUCAUGUGCCUUAAACUGCUGAGGACUAGAGACUUUUGUCAGGCGGCCGGAGGAACUGGACCCACAGCUAGACCCGGUUCCAAAGGAAGGGUCAAGGAGCCCAGCCUGGCCCAAGCCAGGCAGGAGGUGACCGCAAAGAAAGAGGGAGGAAGAUGUUGGAGUCUGGUGGUUGGUUCUGGCAGGUUUUGGGGGGCAGGAAAGGAUUAUUUUGUGCAUUAAAUCUAUUUGAA